AGUUUAUAACAAAACUUGUAAUAACAAAUUCAUAUAGUAUUCAAUUGCAGUCAUCAUUAUUAGCACAAUUAACGAAAGCAACAAAUCAAUUAACACGAACAACUUUAAAAAGUGUAUCAGAUAGAUGUUAUCAAUUGGCAAUUAUGUUAAAUUCAAUAAAAACAAAUAUUCCAUAUGAAUAUGUUCAAUCAGCAGCAACUCAACUCAUUCAAUGUGCUGCUAAUCUACUCAGUGCUGUAAAUGGACCAUUACAACAACGAAUAUCUGUAUUAGAUUCAGAUUCAACACAAGCUACAACAUUUCCUUCUGAUUAUGAUACAGAUCUUGAAUUUGCAUGGUCAAAUCUAAAUUUAUUUGCUGAUGGAAAUGAUUUUUCCUGGGGAACAAUACAAAAAAAUCGAAAUACUUAUUAUCAAAAACAAUUAGCAAAUCAAAUCACUAAUCAAAUGAAUGAUCUCAAAUCAUUAUUAACUUCAUCAUUAAAUAUUUAUUUAAAUAUUGGACAGAAUAUAUUGAUAAAUACAUCACAAGUAUUUAUGUCGUUAGAAACAAAAGCGAAUGAAUUUCUGUUGAAUAAAUUUACUCAAACAAUUUCAAAUGCACAAAUUCAAUUUCCUCAAAAUUUAAAUUUAACUAAUAAUUCUAAAAUUUCAAUUCGAUCAAUGAUGGAACCAUUAGCUUCAUAUGAUAAUACAACAUAUACAAAUCUUUCAAGAUUAGUAACAUUUUCAAUUCUAGAUGAAAAUGAAAAUGAAAUUUCUAUUCAAACAAAUAUGAGUCAUCCAAUCGAAAUAAUUAUUCCUCGAGAUCCAAGUAUAAUAAUACCACCAAUGAUUUUACAAAAUGUUACAUCAAUGAAUUAUACUCCUCAUAAUCAAUUAUUUGAUUUACAUUAUUUGAAUAUUACAAGUUCUCUUUCGAUUUCAAUUCAUUUCGAAAUUCAACCUUUAAAUAUAAGUCUUGCUUAUUUAUUUAUUUAUAAAUUUGCUCAAUUACCUCAGUUAAAUACUUCAAUUAACAAUAUUGAUGGCUGGACUCUAUUUUGUCCUUUGAAUUUAUCAAAUGAAACUUUGUAUAAAUAUUUUAUUGAUAAUCAACAAACAUCCGAUCAUCAAUCAAUUAUAUAUGGGUUACGAGAAUUAAAUUCAACGGAAAUGAUGAAUACAUGUUCGAAUACUUCUAUCAGUAGUCUCCCAAUAACAGAUCAACGAUUUAAUUUUACAUCAAAUUAUCAACUAAGAAUUUAUACAUCAGGUUGUUAUUAUCUUGAUAAAAAUAAUCAAUGGAAAUCAGAUGGAUUAACAGUUGGUCCUUUGACAAAUCAUUAUGAAACUCAAUGUUUUUCAACUCAUUUAACAAGUUUUGCUGGUGGUUUUGUUAUUUUACCUGAAUCAAUUAAUUGGAAUUAUGUAUUU